CAAACAAUUUCACAACUGAAAUGUCGAGCGACAACUGCAUUCGAGAACUUCCAGAAGAGAUUGGUGAAUUGAUACACUUGAGGUAUCUUGACUUGUCUAAAAAUCGUGAGUUGGAGAGACUACCAGACAGUUUGGGCAAUUUAUACAAUUUGCAAACCUUGUGUCUUAGUCGAUGCUUGCGGAUUAGAGCACUGCCUGAAAAUACGGGGAACUUGAUUAAUCUAAGACAUCUUCAUACCAAGGGUUGUGAUUUGGAGUAUUUGCCGAGAGGUAUCGGGAGAUUAGCAAGUCUGCAAACGCUAAACACGUGUCCUGUUCAUCAUGAUAGUGGCCCCAGUGAAGGCUUGAAAUUAGAAGAUCUGGGAAGCUUGUACCAGCUUCAGGGCAGUCUCCUCAUCCAGAUCAAGGGGAAUUUGAAGGAUACUACGAGUGAGGCGCAGAAGGCUCGCUUGUGGAAUAAAAAGCUUUGUACUUUGGGGCUAUGGUUUCCAACUUUGGACAAGCAGAGCCAUGUACAAGUCCUGGAGGCGUUACGGCCGCAUCAAGAUCUCCAAACUUUAGUGAUUAGUGGGUAUGGUGGCACCACCGCGCCCAGUUGGAUGAUAUCCUUACAGAAUUUGAGAUCCCUGUAUCUUUAUACUUGGGAUGGAUGUGAAUUUUUGCCUCCUCUUGGGAAAUUGCCCUUCCUUGAAAAACUAUAUGUAGAAGGAAUGGAGAAAGUGAAGACGGUUGGAGAUGAAUUCUUGGGAAUAACGGGCACUCAAACAUCCUCAUCCUCAUCCUCUGUUUUAUUCCCAAAAUUGAAACAACUCUAUUUCGAGGGCAUGGAUGAGUGGGAACAGUGGGAAGGAAUCAGCGGUGGUGCUGAUGAAAUUACAAUUAUGCCAUGCCUUGUCGAGUUCACAAUUGAGAAAUGCCCUAAGCUGAUGAACCUGCCACUCUUUCUACAAAACACACCGCUCAGGACUACUUCCAUCAGUCAAUGUCGACGGAGUAUUAUAACACCUGUCUGGCCCGACAACUGUGACGUCGACAUUUAUAGAGCGCUCGAGGAUCCAGAAAUACCAAAUAUUACUGAGAGCAGGCUUGAAACAGAAAUACAGAUGGACUCACAGAGUGAUGAGGAGAUCACCAUGUCACCUGUUGAAACAGAGAAACAGAUAGAAUCAUAGAGUGAUGAGGAGACCACCAUGUCACCUGAAACUGCAAAGGUUAAAAGCAUGGAGAGAGUUUUCUUAUAUGGAGAUGUGGCAAGAGUUACAGAUUCAAAUGCAACCUCUUCAUUAGCAUUAGAAUGCAUGUGGACGCAGCAGUUUAUAGCUACUGAAUUCCUCGGAAGCACUGAAAAUGAUUACUAUAGAACACUAAGCUGAAGAAGAAGCACAGUAGGGGCAUAGUUCCUCAUCAUUCAGUCAUCAUAUCAUCUCUUCUUCGUCAACUUUCAAUCUGGCUCAAGUGAUGGCUUUACAUUUCUGGUUCUAUAUAUUCAAGUUACAGGCAAGUUGAAAGCAGUUUAUUUAUAACAUGUACAAAACUAGUGAUAGUUGUUUGUUAACUCACACAUCUGGAACUCAGAAAGGAACUUUGUUUACUGAAGGUCAUGCAUGCACCAAGUCUUUUGCAAUGUUCUAGAUUCUAUAAAUUUCUGCAUUUGAGACAAUGAGCAGCUUAUUUUAAAUGAGAAUCAAACUAUACUGAUCUGCAAAGAUGAUUUUUUGCAGAAAAUGUUGCAAGAGAACCCUUUUGGCAGGUCAGACCUCAGAAUAGCUGUAGAUCAGUAGAAUAUGACACUCGGGUAUAUUUAUGGCAAUGUAGAAGCAUGAAGACUCCCGAAUUGCAUCAGAGUUGUCAAACCGGUGAUUAAUCACUAAAGAGAUAAGAUGGGAUUUCGUGGCGUGAAAGAGAGGGACAAGUCAGUAUGACCAAAAGUUUCAAUCAAUUCGCUUACAAGUUCUGCCAAGUCCAAAGGCCUCAUGAGAAAAAUUUGCAAAGUCAUGCUCACCCCUCAAAGUUGCAGUGGCUGGUUUUCUCAUGACAUGAUGACCAUCAGUUUAUGAGCAGACCAGGGUGCAGAAAGGAAUUGAAUUGGAGCUGUCAAGCUAAUUAGUGCUAUGAUUUUAUGCUUGCAUUCUGGAAUCCAUUUGACUGAUUGAUGUUGGUGCUGUUAUAAUUUUACCUUAACUAGUUAGUGGCUGAAGCUUUUCUCGCCAUGGAACACCAGAAAGAAUAAGUACAUGUGCAUGCCCAAAGUGUAAAUUGAAAUCACUUUCAAGAUUCCAUCAAGUGACAGAAAUGCUACAUGAGGGAAUGGCAUGCAUAAGCUUUUCAACCGUGCAGUGGAAGCUGAAGCAGCUGUUCAGGAUUUCAAACUUGUUGUUUUGUCAAAUCACCAGCAUAUCACUUCUGGCUGAACUGUUCUCCUUUCCAUACCACACUUGAAAGUGAUCUAUUGUCAACUUGCUGAGAUGCAUAAACUCCGCAAUUCCUUUCUUAUGGAGUUGGACUAGUACUCACGAAUAAAGCUAAUAGAACUGCUGAUUAUGCUGCAAAUUAAGCUUGCCAAACAGAGGAUGUGCACCAAAUCUGGAGUCCAUUAACGUUCAACUUUUCUCGUACUGAUUUGUGCUUCAUACCUACUUUUGCCCUUGAACAAUUGGUCGUUGGGGCUCGCAUCUUAUUUUUAUUUUUCAUUCCCACUUCAAGUCCUGGCUAGGCACUUCCGGAUAAUGGUUGGGUGUCAUUCCCCCAUGUUUCUCUGUGUUUCCAUUGUAUUUCAUUUUUUCUUUAAUGAAAGUACAAUUUUAGACCAAACCAAAAUGGCGGUAAUAGUUGUACUACUAAGACACUAAUGCCAAGUGCUAGUUAUAUCGCGGGAA